UACUCAAGGUUAAUUAUCGUCUCUGUUGGUGAGAGGCUGAGAUAAUCCAUUUUACCAAUUACCAGUACUGCGCACGAUAGCUCAUCUCCUAGAGUGAAGGGUUAUCCUUCUCCCCCUUGAUGCGCUCUACUCCCCCCUCUUUCCCAAAAUACCCAUCUGAUAAUUCUCUUCCCCGCCAUUUUCCCACUAUCUUCCCUCCAUUUUUUUUGACCGUUGCUUCCUAAUGUUCUCAAAUUUAACGUUACUUUCAGUUGCCUAAUCUUGAAGUUCAUUGAAGCUUGAGCACCACUGCGCUUUUGCAAGCGCUGGCUCUAAGAAGAAGCCGUAGUGUCCUUCCUAGAAAAUUGAGGUCUGAGGGGUAAGAAAUCAGUGACCUUUCUGAAUGAUACCCUGAUGUAAAUGAUACACUUUGUUUCUGAAGGAAAAGCUCAAUUGAAUAAGCCUUAAGUGCUCAGGCUCAAGUUAUUCGUUGUCUGAAUGAAUGCAGCAAGAAAUGACUGAAAAUGAGAACCAGGAUUUGGAGUCCUCCGAAAAUGACACAGAUCUGUCACAGGACAACGUGGGGUCUAUAGAGGAAAUACCAGACGAUACUAUAUUGUUAAGGCAAACAUCUGUCAAUCUGGUUCCAUUUAUCGGGCAGAGAUUUGUUUCUCAAGAUGCUGCAUAUGAAUUUUACUGCAGCUUUGCCAAACAAUGUGGUUUUUCAAUUAGGCGUCACCGCACCAGGGGAAAAGAUGGUGUUGGCCGGGGAGUCACACGAAGGGAUUUUACUUGCCAUCGUGGUGGAUAUCCACAAGCAAAACCAACAGAGGAAGGAAAGUUACAGAGGAACAGAAAAUCGUCGCGAUGUGGUUGUCAAGCAUACAUGAGAAUAGUGAAACGGUCAGAUUUCGAUGUCCCUGAAUGGCGUGUCACGGGCUUUAGUAAUAAUCACAAUCACGAACUUAUCAAAUCAUUUGAAGUGCACAUUCUUCCAUCUCACUGCACCAUAUCUGCUGAUGACAAAAGUCGGGUUUGCAUGUUUGCAAAAGCUGGAAUGUCAGCUCGUCAGAUGCUAAGAUUGUUGGAGAUAGAGAAAGGUGUUAAACUAGGUUGUUUACCGUAUAGCGAACUAGAUAUCAGAAAUCUGCUCCAGUCUUUCAGACAUGUUGAUAACGAUAAUGAUGCUAUUGACCUUGUUGGCAUGUGUAAGAGAUUGAAAGAUGAAAAUUCAGAAUUCAAGUAUGAAUUCAAGUUAGAUGGUCGUAAUAGGUUAGAGCAUAUUGCUUGGUCAUAUCCUUCAUCCGUUCAGCAAUAUGAAGCCUUUGGGGAUGCAAUACUUCUGGACACUACUCAUCGUCUGGAUGCUUAUGAUAUGCUUCUAGGCCUUUGGAUUGGUGUUGAUAAUCAUGGAAUGGCUUGCCUUUACAGCUGUGUGCUUUUGCGGAAUGAAAACCUACAGUCCUUUAUCUGGGCAUUAAAGACUUUUUUAUGCUUUAUGAAAGGAAAGGCACCACCACAAACGAUAUUGACUGACCAGAAUAUGUGGCUUAAAGAGGCAAUCGCUUGUGAAAUGCGUGAAACUAAACAUGCAUUUUCUAUAUGGCAUAUCAUGGCCAACUUCUCAGACUGGUUUUCUUUGCCACUUGAGUCUCAUUAUGAUGAUUGGAAGGCUGAAUUUUAUCGUCUUUAUAGCUUGGAAAUGGUUGAUGAAUUUGAAGCUGGUUGGACAGAGAUGGUUGAUAGAUAUGGACUACAGUCAAAUAAGCACAUCAUCAGCCUCUAUGCAUUACGUAACUUUUGGGCUCUAUCCUUUUUGAGGCGCUACUUUUUUGCUGGACUUAUGAGUAAAUCUGUGACGGACUCCAUUAAUGCUUUCAUUCAAAGGGUAUUAAAUGCACAAUCUAAACUUGACUGUUUUAUUGAGAAAGUUGCUGAUAUUGCAGAGUAUGGUGAACAAGCUAGAUCAAAGCUGAAAAUGCAGCAAUUACCGAAAGUCUCCCUGAAAACAGGUUCGCCAAUGGAAUCGCAUGCUGCUACUGUUCUUACACCUUUUGCUUUCUCUCUCCUCCAAGAAGAGCUUGUAUUGGCCCCUCAAUUUGCCUCCAUUUUGGUUGGUGAAGGCUGCUUUCAUAUCAGACACCAUACAGAAAUGGAUGGAGGGUGCAAAGUGAUGUUGGACCCUCAACAAGAACUCAUUCACUGUAGCUGUCAUCAGUUUGAAUUUUUAGGCAUCCUUUGCAGACACAUUCUUCGUGUUCUCUCAACUAAUAACUGUUUUCACAUACCAGAUAAUUAUCUGCCUUUGAGAUGGCGCCUUGUACCAAAAGAGCACAUUGAGAAAGAGCAAAGUGAGAAAGUCAAAAUCCUGGCAUCUUUGGCUUCCACAAUUCUUUCAGAAUCUGCUGCAACUGAGGAACGCCUCAGCUUUGCAUGUGAGCAAAUGUCCAUGGUAUUGUCCCACGUCAAGCAACUGCCUAGGUUGAGUUGUCAUCAUCAUAUGAAUGAGAUGGGAUUCAACAGCCCAUCAGGUUCACUGAUGGUACCGGAAGUUGAAGAUUCUGAUGGUAUUGUUCAGAGCUUCAAUCUCGGAAAUCUUCACGAGUCUUUGUUGGACAAGUUGAAAGAAGGAAAUCCAAACUCCGAGGCUGGUAAUAUUAUGUCUCGAAAGAGACGACGUUGUUCUUUUCCUUGCUGUGGACAAUUUGGACAUGAUGCAUCUGAUUGUCCCAUUAUGGAAUCUGACAGCUUACGUUCAGAUGGAGAUGCCUUAGGAUUCUUGUAAAGUAGGAGAUACUCGCUAAGGAGCAAGUUUGUACUUCAAAUUCUACUCUAAUAUAUAUGAAAGUAAUUAUAUACAGAUAUUCUCA